AUGUCUACCCCUAUCCCUGGUCCAGCUGGCUGGCCUUUCCUAGGAAAUUUGAACGAUAUCGAUCCUGAGGUUCCCAUCAAGUCGUUGAUGGACAUUGCCGACAAAUAUGCAGGAUCUAUUUACAGUCUUUCUAUGUUUGGCAAGCGUCGAGUAGUUAUCUCUUCUGUCGAGCUGAUGAACGAGAUUUGUGACGAGAAGAGAUUUGGCAAGGUCGUCACAGCUGCUCUAGGUGAAGUUAGGAAUCUGACGGGGGAUGGGUUGUUCACCGCACAUAAUGGCGAACCCAAUUGGGAGACCGCUCAUCGCGUUCUGGUGCCUGCCUUUGGCCCGCUUAACAUACGUGGAAUGUUCGAUGAUAUGAAGGACAUCGCAACUCAACUCAUCAUGAAAUGGGCACGUCACGGAAAUGACUACAAGAUCCACGUCACAGACGACUUCACGCGAUUGACCUUGGACACUCUCGCCCUUUGCUCAAUGGAUUACCGCUUCAAUUCGUUCUACGCAGAACAGAUGCAUCCUUUCGUGGAUGCCAUGGUCAACGUUCUCUCCGAGUCUGGCUCCAGAAUCCGAAGACCUGGCUUCUUGGCCGCGCUCUAUCGAAAACAAGAAUACCAGUACUGGAAAGACAUCAAAUACCUGAGAGAGUUGAGCGAUGAGCUGGUGCAGAAUCGCAAGAACCACCCCGAGAGCAGAAAGGACCUACUUCAUGCUAUGCUUCACGGCAAGGAUCCCCGCGAUGGGAGUUCGUUGUCCGAUGAUAGUAUCAUCGACAACAUGAUCACUUUUUUGAUUGCUGGUCAUGAAACAACGUCUGGCCUUCUCUCUUUUCUCUUCUAUUACCUGCUGAAAAAUCCUUCGGCAUACAAGAAAGCACAAGAAGAAGUUGACCGGGUCGUCGGCGAUGCAAGCAUCAAGGUGGAACAUCUGAGCAAGCUGCCAUACAUCAACGCAGUUCUGCGUGAGACUCUGCGACUACAACCCACUGCUCCCGCCUUCUCGAUCCAGCCCAACAAUGAUAUCGAUACCAUUGGCGGUGAGUACACUGUCUUCAAAGGCGAACCUAUCGUUGCACUUCUUCCCAAGAUUCACCGCGAUCCUGCUGUCUAUGGAGAGGAUGCCAAUGAGUUCAAGCCCGAGAGGAUGCUUGACGAGAACUUCAACAAACUUCCUCCCAAUGCUUGGAAGCCUUUCGGUAAUGGCUCUCGUGCUUGCAUCGGUCGCCCCUUUGCAUGGCAGGAGGCCCAACUCGUGGUUGCAAUGCUCCUUCAGUACUUUGACUUCACCCUAGAUGAUGCAAAGUAUGAUCUACAAAUCAAGUCAACCCUGACAAUCAAGCCGAACCACCUGUAUAUGCACGCUCAACUCCGCCACGGCAGGACACCUACUCAACUGGAACAGAUCCUCUCCUCCAAUGGUGCCUCUGUACAGGCAAAGAAAUCCAACACAUCUAACAAUGAAAAAGCAAGAGCCGGCGCUAGUGACGAUAAGGGAAGGCCCCUGACGAUUCUUUAUGGGUCCAACACAGGUACCUGCCAGGCCUUUGCUCAGGGUCUGGCAGCCGAUGCUCCGUCUCAUGGAUUCAAGGUCACCAAGAUCGAUACUCUUGACUCAGCCAAGGACAACUUACCUACAGACCAAGCAGUCGCUAUAAUCACCUGUUCGUAUGAAGGUGAGCCGGCAGACAAUGCGGCUCAUUUCUUCCACUGGCUUAAAUCGCUGGAAGGAGAGUCUGCCAAGGUCCAAUACGCGGUGUUUGGAGCUGGACACAGCGACUGGAAAAACACUUUCCACAAGAUUCCAACCGCUAUCGACGACAUGCUUCUAGCACAUGGUGGAGAACGCAUCUGCAGUCGAGGCUCCGCGAAUGCUGCCAAUGGCGACAUGUUCAGCGAGUUUGAGAAAUGGGAAGAUGAGGUCUUCUGGCCUGCCAUGUCGAAGAAAUAUGGAGGCGACGGCAAUGCUACCGACUCGGCAGCAACUCAGAGUCUGACAGUCGAAGUCUCGAGCGUCCGCUCUUCGCAACUGCGCGCCGAUGUGUACGAGGCUCGCGUGGUCGACGCAAAGAUUCUCUCACAACCUGGAGCGUCGGAAAAGAGACACAUUGAGGUUGAGCUACCGGCUUCCGCGACCUACAGCAGUGGCGACUAUCUCCAUGUGCUCCCUAUCAACCCACAUGAAGGCGUACAGCGCGUCAUGCGCCGUUUCAACCUGGCCUGGGACAGUGUGUUGACCAUCAAGGCCGCGGUAGGCACCAUUCUUCCCACCAACGUCCCAAUCUCGGCCAACGACCUGUUCGGCGCCUAUGUUGAACUUGGACAGCCCGCAACCAAGCGAAACGUGACACUGCUUCUGGAUGUCUGCACAGAUGAUGAGACGAAGAAAGAACUGACUCGUCUCGCUGGUGAUGCUUUCAGCAGCGAAAUCAGUGAACAGAGGAUCUCGCUCUUGGAUCUCCUCAACAGAUUCCCUUCAGUUCAACUGCCCCUGGGCGCUUUCAUAAGCAGUCUGCCUCCCAUGCGCACCAGAUCGUACUCCAUCUCUUCUUCCAGUUUGGUCAGCCCUCACCGCGUCAGUCUUACCUAUGCCGUGCUGCACCAGUCACACAUGAGCGGUAUGGGUGAGUACGUUGGUGUAGCUAGCAACUACCUUUCGAAGCUGGCUGCAGGUGACAAGUUGCAUGUCGCUGUGCGUCCCUCAAACCAAGCCUUCCAUCUACCCACCAACUUCGAGAAUACACCUGUCAUCAUGAUCUGUGCCGGUACUGGUGUAGCACCAUUCCGCGGGUUUGUACAAGAAAGAGCAGCUCAGGUCGACGCCGGCCGCAAGCUUGCACCUGCUCUGCUUGUCGUCGGCUGCAGAAGCCCUGACCAGGAUGAGUUGUACAGAGAAGACUUUGACAAGUGGGAAGCCACAGGCGCCGUCAAAAUCCUACGCACUUACAGCAGAAAGCCCGAAGCAAGUGAAGGGUUGAAGUAUGCACAAGAUGCUCUGUGGGAGCAUCGCAAGGAGGCCCUUGAGCUGUGGGACGCUGGUAGCAGAGUCUACGUAUGCGGCAGCCGUGGCCUCGAGCGCAGUGUUCAGCAGGUGUGUCAGAAGAUGUACAUGGAGCGCGCACAGGAGCUUGGAAAGGAAAAGACCGAGAAAGAGGCUGAAGCCUGGUUUGAAGGCAUACGCUCGGUAAGGUUUGCCACAGACGUCUUUACCUAG